AUGCUUCAUAAGAACGGUAUCGUGGUGCCAACGCUAGAUCUCGAGCAUAACGAUGAAAAACUGGUGCAGAAGCUUGCAGCGACUCUUUUACAACAAAACAUGGAUCAAUAUAGCGAGUUAGCAGUCACGCCCGAUGGCCACCCGGAUACUCGAUCAUGGGCUGCUAUUCAAAAACGUGAGGGGAUACGAGUUUACAAGGAAAGCACUCGUCAACAGCGGCAACAGAUCAGAGCUCAGGCGGCUACUGGAAAUAGUGCAAUGAAGACUGCAGAGGUGCCUCCAUCUUUGUUACUAGUGGGGACCAUUAAGGGUCGUCUUAAUGACUUGCUGUACGCGACGGCAGCGUCGUCGACCGAGGCAAUGCUGACCAAGUCCAGAUUUAUUGACGAUGGUGUUAUCGCUUCCAAGGUGCUGGCUCGGAUCAUUGAGCCCACAAUGGCAGAUCCGAUGCACUUUCUCAACGUGACAUGGCGCUACUAUGCGCUGUCUGAACCACGAGAUUAUGUAUGUCUGGACGUGGCUGGAUGGAGCAACACAAGGCGAGGUGAAUGA